AUGUCUUCGCCAUCUCGUUAUCUUGUUUCAGCACCAGGUAAAGUUAUACUGUUUGGCGAACAUGCAGUUGUCUAUGGAAAGACCGCAAUUGCUGGUAGUCUAGACGGACUUCGUACUUACGUAUUUUUUGAAAAACGGGAUGAUGGAUUUCUUGAAUUGAAUUUGCCAAAACUUGGCCUUCAGCAUCCUUUGUUAUGGCCUAUUUCUGCUCUUCCGUAUUCCAAAGUGACAACCGUUAGCAAAGAAAACAAUUCUUUACAGGAAUCAACAAUUAAUGAAGAACUUUUAAAAUCAUUAAAAGAAAUUGUACUUGAUGGCAAUGCUGGUAACAAAAAUAAUCAAGAAAUUAAUGAACUUCAACAAGUGGCGGCUUCGGUCUUUCUUUAUCUUUACGCAAGUUUAGAAGAUAAACAAACUUCAUGGUGUGGAACGACAGUUCACAUCGCAUCUAAUUUACCUGUGGGUGCUGGACUGGGUUCCUCUGCCGCUUAUUCAGUUUGUUUAGCUACAGGAUUAUUACUUGUUCUAGGUCACAUUACUAUUCCUAAUUAUGGUGAAAAAGUCGGAGGAUUUAAUAUUUCGGAUUCAUCUUCUCCUAUGAAUUUAAUUAAUCGCUGGGCUUUUCAAGCCGAGAAAAUAAUUCAUGGAACUCCUUCGGGAAUUGACAAUGCAGUAGCUACUUACGGUGGCGCAGUAUCAUUUUCAAAAGGCGUUAUGGAAAAUGUGAUAGAAUUUCAAUCACUUCGAUUCCUACUAACAAAUACCAAAGUACCAAGAAAUACACGAACUCUGGUUGCUAAUGUUCGUAAAUUGCAUGAUAAAUGCCCACAUAUUGUUGUCCCUAUAUUGGAAGCAAUUGAAGGUAUUAGUUCAAAAUUUAAGGAAAUAAUCAAUAGCGGAGAUUCUCAAAAGGAGUUGAACCAAAAUAUUGAGGCAAUUGAAUUAAUUGAUUUUAAUCAUUAUUUAUUAAAUUCUUUGAGAGUAGGACACCCAUCUAUUGAUAAAGUUAGGGAGAUUGCUGCACAAUAUUCAUUACAUUCAAAACUCACCGGAGCCGGAGGUGGAGGAUGUGUAUUAACUUUACUUAGAGACGAUGUUCCUAAUGAUGAUAUAAUGAAAAUUAUGCUGAACUUGACAUCAAUAGGAUUUGAAUGCUUUGAAACAAAAGUUGGAGGACAUGGAAUCAGCAUAUUGGAUGCUUCAACUAUAAGUAAACAAGAAUUUUUGUCAUCUGAAAACAUACAACAAUUUUCCGGUUGGAAACAUUUUAACUAA